AUGACCAACGACACUCUUGCGUUUGGAGAUCUGGACACGAAUGUUUCUGAGGCGCUGCCGCUUCUCUCUCUCAGCCAAAACCAAAGUGCGUUUCCUGCGCUCCAACUCGAGUCCAAGUCUCUAGUCACUUCAGCCACGAUGUUCGCUGUGGGAGUCCUGGGGAACCUCAUCGCCAUAGUUGUGCUGUGUAUCUCCAAAAAGGAGCAGAAGGAAACCACUUUCUACACUCUGGUGUGCGGGAUGGCCAUCACGGAUCUGUUGGGGACUUGCUUCACCAGCCCAGUGGUGAUCGCCACAUAUGUGGCCAACCGGUGGCCGGGAGGAGUGCUGCUCUGCCACUUUUUCUCCUUCUCCAUGCUCUUCUUCGGCUCUGCAGGGAUGUCCAUCCUGUGCGCCAUGGCCGUGGAGCGAUACUUGGCCAUAAACCACGCGUAUUUCUACUCCCAGAACAUAGACCGAACAAUGGCGCGCUUUGCGCUCCUGGUCACUUAUCUGGCAAACAUUGUGCUGUGCAUUAUGCCCAGCUUUGGCUUUGGGCAGCACGUCAGGUAUUCUCCCGGGACUUGGUGCUUUCUGGACUGGAGGGCGAUGGAUGCACUCGGAGCGUGCUACUCCUUCCUGUACGGCGGCGUGAUGCUGGUGCUGAUCGCAGUGACAGUUCUGUGUAAUUUGGCGGUGUGCCGGUCGUUGGUGGGGAUGAACAAGAGGACGGGGAUUGUCAGGACGGAGGGUGAGCUGGGAGGAUCGCGGCGCCGCUUCCCCCGGCUGCCGUCCGUCACAUCAGCGGCUGAGAUUCAAAUGUUCUGGCUUCUGAUCUUCAUGACCAUCGUCUUCCUGGUCUGCUCCAUUCCUUUGGUGGUGCGAAUCUUUGUGAACCAGCUCUACGGCCCUGCUUAUAUCACAGCUGGAGGAAAGCCGGACUAUCGGAGCGACCUGUUGGCGAUCCGCUUCGCCUCAUUCAACCCCAUACUGGACCCGUGGGUGUACAUUUUAUGCCGGAAGAACCUGCUGCUAAAGGGCUGCGAGAAGCUGAAGAGGACAGCUGCUCGUGUUAAAGACGGUCGCGGUGACCACAUGGGCUGGGUAGAAGACCAACACUCCCCUCCGUCUUUAAACAGCAAUGAUACCAGUUACGCGUCAUUACGCACAGCCAGCUACAGGAACGAGGCGGAAAACCGGGUGUCCAUCAAGAACAAAUCCUUUACAGACUUUGCUAUGAGGCAAGCGUGGGAGUACGACACCGCGCAGGUCAGCUUUCACCCGUUUAGCGUAGAAUCGACCGCGAUCCUCGGGUGUGAGGUGGAAGCAGCAGCAGCCGGAUCCAAACAGGAGGCGGCGGCCAAGUCGCCUCCAGGACGCAGCGCAACGCCGCUUCUCUCUGCGCAUGUUAGGAAAGUGGACAUUGUCACGUGCACGUUCAGCACACCGAGUUCAUGUCAGUCAGUGAAAUGCCUUUGA